AUGUUCUCCAAGGCAUAUGUUAAAUUUCAAGAUAUUUGUGAUGAUAUUCAAGAAAUGCUGAUGUGUGGCUACGAGUUCUUAACUUUCAUUAUAACAAUUCUUAAAAUUUUCAUGUUGUUCAUUUUUCGUAGUAAAACUGUGUCAGUUGUAGAUGAUCUAAAAAGUUCGAACUCUCGUUGGGCAGAUGCUGGAAUGAAAGUGGAACACAUCAGUUUCAUGUACACUAGAAACAUGUACAUUUUAAUUUUUGUUGCAACUUUCGUUUAUACAAUUUUUCCCAUUGUAAUUUAUUUUUUAUUUACUGAUCAUGACGAUGCCAACAACACUCAAUGGCCGCUGCCAAUAGCAGUGCACUAUGGAAUUAAUUUUUCUCAUUAUCCAUUGAUUUAUGUUUUAGUUCUUAUUGUUCUGAUCCCACAAUGUUGGAUAUUUAUUAACGCGUGUUAUGGAAUUGAAAUAUUUUUCAUCAAUUUAUUGUUGAGAAAGGAUAUGAAAUGUUUCUUAACAAAAGAUGUGGAUAUUGUUAAGAGAAUAUUGAACAUUGUUGUCAUUCAUAACAAAGGAAUCGCAAUAUCCAAGAAGAUUGAAGAAAUUUUAAAUUUACUCAUGUUAGUUUUAUAUGUUGUCAACACUUUCAUUUUGGGAUUCUUGUUUUUGGAGUUUCAUGUGGUACCUACUUGA